GAGACGAGUUUCCUGUGUGCUGAGCGCUCAUUCAGAAGUGAUUAUAUUCUACUUCCUCCAUAAAGUAGCUUGGACGGGCGUUUCACAGCUAGCGCAAGUGUUUGAGCGAAAGAAAGAUGGCAGUGAACUUAAGUAAAAACGGAAUUUCCCUGACAAAUGCUUACAAAGAGGUUGUAGAUGAGAAAUCCAACACCAACUGGGCCUUGUUCACCUACGAGGGGAACACUAAUGAUAUACGAUUGGCAGAGAAGGGAGAUGGUGGACUGGAGGAACUGGUGGAGGAACUUAGCAGCGGUAAAAUAAUGUACGCUUUCUGUCGUGUCGAGGACCCAAACUCUGGCCUGUGCAAAUACGUCCUGAUCAACUGGACUGGAGAGGGUGUGAAAGACGCCAGGAAAGGACUAUGUGCCAAUCAUGUCAGCUCCAUAGCUAAUUUUCUCAAGGGAGCCCAUGUCACAAUAAACGCCCGUGCAGAGGAGGAUGUGGAACCUGAGGCUAUUAUGCAAAAGGUGGCCAAGGCCUCAGGGGCCAACUACAGCUUCCACAAAGAGUCCAACAAGUUCCGAGACGCUGGUCCCCAGGGACCUGUGGGCUCUGUGUAUCAGAAGACCAACGCCAUGUCUGAAAUCAAACGGACCAAUAAAGAUAACUUCUGGGCGCAGGCAGAGAAAGAUGAGGAGAAGCGGCAGCGGGAGGAGCGCAGCAAGGCAGAUGAAGAGCGCCACAAGCUGGAGAAAGAUCGGAAGGAUCGAGAGGCCAAAGAGGCAACGCUCAGAGAGAAGAAAGACAAGGAGAGGGCCUCUAUGAUUGACCAGCAGAAGAAGUACCAGCAGCAGCAGGAAGCUGAGAGCAGAGACAAUGAAAAACAACAAUGGGAGGAGCAGGAGAAGGACUUCCAGGCAGCUCAGAAGAAAGGGAUGAAGCGUGGUGAAUCUGUAGAGAAAGCCAAUGAGGCGGCCUCCCUGAUCUCUCAGCGCUCUAUGAACCCCAGAGAGAUGUUCAAGCAGAGAGAGAAGGGCAUGUCCCCCAGCACUACAGACACCCCUGCUGCUGCCCACACCCCUGCCAGCCCCCAGCCAGGGCGUUUGAACAGCCCUUUUCUCUCUAAGCAACCAUGCGAACCCGAGCCGUCCCGCUUGCCCCUGCGCCAAGCCUCCCCUCUGCCCACAGGCUCCGCCUCUCCUGUCCCUGCUGCAGAACCCAGUGUGGAUGAGCCCGUUGUGGAUGAAUCCACUCCCAGUGUGGGUGAGCCAUCCCAAUCUGAGUGCUUAGAUGAGCAGGAUGCAACCCCUGAGGAUCAGUGGCAAGAUGAAGUAAAGGCAACCACAGCUCCCACUGAGCACAACCAUGCCACAGAGCCAGCCCAAAACAACCUCUAUGAGGAGCCCCCAGAGGUGGAAGAGAACACAAAUGAGGUGGCUGCAAAGAAGACGGACCGAGGCGUCUGUGCCAGGGCUCUAUACGACUACCAAGCUGCUGAUGAGACAGAGAUUUCCUUCGAUCCUGAUGACAUCCUCAAUGGCAUCGAGAUGAUUGACGAGGGCUGGUGGCGGGGCUAUGGCCCAGACGGUCAUUUUGGAAUGUUCCCAGCCAAUUACGUGGAGCUGAUCUAAGUCCAUACCUUUCCCGCUCACUAGAUCAGCAUAUAGGAGGCAGAAGAGAACCCCCCCCCCCAGAAGAAUUCAGCAGUAGGAAAACUGCUAGCUCCAGAACACAGCAUGUCAGAAGUAACUCAACAGUGAACUUUUCAGAGUCUAUUGCUGAACUGUAUCCUUCACAUUAUGGACCAAUGUAUGAACAGUGACCAGGGGGUGCUCAAAUCUAUCCCCGUUGAUAAGAGAAAUUUCAUUUAUGUUGUGAGAACUUAGGUGGCAUUGUUUAGGUUUUGAUGAAAUCCCAAACUGAAUCUCUUCUGUGAUGCAGUAAAUUGUCAGCCUUUUUUUAAAAUGUUUCAAUUCAAGAUUCCAUUGUGAACAUUAAUAGCACUUGUACAUCACAUAUCUUAAAAAGUGAAGCCAGUUUUGUUCCAGAUGUACUUUUUUUUGUUAUUUGUAUCAUUCACUCAUGUCAUGUUCAGGAUAAUAACAUUUCAUAGCUCGCAUAACGGUACCAAAUAUAUAUUUUUUGCCUUUUCCUCAGACUGACAUUUUAUGUGAGUUUGCUUAAGUAAUCCUGUGUGAAUUUCAAACCAUAGUUUGGUAUUGCAGUUGAAUAUUAGAAAACCAAAAUGUUCUAUAUUUGCUGUGCUCUCCUGUGUGGCUGAAUUCAAGAAAAGAUGGGGGUGAAAAUGACACAAUCAUCAUAUCCUUGUGCAAAAGUAUUAUUUUUUUUAAAAUAUGUAAUGAUUAUGCUACAGAGCUUGUCCCCAUACCCACCCUCCCUCUGCCCUCUUUUGCCCCUAGAGAAUUUUAAUGACUGACUGUUUCAGGGACCAGUUACAUGAAACAAGGCAUGAGUAAUCUUUCCUGUCGUGUUGUUGAAUCGUCUUGUCAUUAUCUGUGUCUUGGGUACAAUUUGUCUCUGCUUAACCUGUCUUUCACAGUCCAGCUUUCAUCCAAAUACAGGUCUGUGAAUGGCUGAAUUUGGCAGGCUUAAGAGAGCAAUGAUCAGAUGCUGUUAUCAUGUGAGAGUGCCAAAUGAGGGUAAAGGGGUGGGGUGAUGAUGCUGUCCUCUGGAAAGUGCUUUCUCUCAUUCUAAUCUGUGUGGAAACUUCCUAACUGUUAUGCAACUUCCCUGCUUUUUUAACUUACAAUGAAAUCAUUGCAAUAAAAAGUGUGUGGGACAUUGUCACUUUAAAUAAAGAUUAAAAAAUGAUUAAAAAGGGUCACUGUAAUUUCAAGGUGCAUGAUGUAUCCGUUGUCCUUGUUUUUCAAGAGUAUAUUGUAAUGCAAAUACUUUCGUCAUAAUAAAAGAGUUCAAGUAAAA